AUGUCGAAUACAAUUAACGUUAAUAUAAAGUCAUCUAGUGAUAAAAAGUUUAUCAUUACUAUUGAAACCAAUAAAACUGUUUUAGAUUUAAAAAAUGCUAUUGCUGAACAAACAGAAGUUCCUGCUGAAAGACAGAGACUUAUUUAUUCAGGCCGUGUACUAAAAGAUCCUGAUACUUUAGCAGACUGUAAAAUUGCAGAUGGUAAUACUGUUCAUAUGGUAAAGGCAACACCAAAUACAACAAAUAAUACUACACAGCCAUCACAAGCACCUAAUUCUAACCCUUUUGCAGGAUUUGCAGGCAUGCCUGCUGAUUCUCAAAGUAAUCCUUUCAAUAUGUUUGGUGCAGGUUUCGGUGCAGGUGCGAUGGGAAAUAGUUUUGGUGGAUUAGAUCCUUCCAUGACAAAUCAAAUGUUACAAAAUCCAUUAUUUGCUCAAUACAUGUCAAAUAUUUUACAAAACCCUGCUAUUCUUGACUCCAUUAUCCAAACAAAUCCUCAACUAGCCAGUAUGGGUCCUGAAAUUCGUGGCAUGAUGCAAAGUCCUGAAUUUAGACAGAUGCUCUCAAAUCCAGAAAUGAUUCGACAAAUGGCAACUAUGGCUUCUACAUUUCAAAACAGUGGUAUGGGUGGUAAUCCCUUUGGCGCCAUCUCUACUCCUUCACCCACUCAUACUAAUAAUCAACAACAACAACAACAACAAAACCCUUUUGCUAGUUUCGGUAACGUGCCCCCUAUUGAUCCUCAAUUACAACAACGUAUGGCUGCACUUUUUGGUUCAAGUCCAGCACCUGUUGAUAAUCGUCCUCCUGAAGAACGUUUUCAAGUUCAAUUACAGCAAUUAAAUGAAAUGGGUUUUUGGGAUGCUGCAAAAAAUAUUAGAGCCUUAACUGCUACAGGAGGAAAUGUUAAUGCUGCUAUUGAAAUGCUUUUCAACGAAAAUCCUUAA